UAAAAGUCUUAAAUAUAUUGAAACAAAAUAUUUAAAAAAAUAAAUUUAUGUUAUCAACAAAUCAUAAAUAUUUAAAGCUAAAUGAUAUACAAUAUAUAAUCCUUCGCAGAAAAUAGUAUCUAUACAUCAAUAUGGACUCUCCUACUCUCAUAGAAGGCAACUUGCCAGAUCGUAUUACCAAAAGAGAUCGUGAAAGGAAGAAUAUCAUUGAGAGACGAAGAGAAGAAAGGCAAUCUUUAGCUGUUGAAUCUGAACAAAGCAGUUAUUUUAAAGACACUUUUUACUCGUCAUGCAAGAAGGUUAAAGAAAUGUUGGAUAAUGCACCUAGUGCAACCACAUCUGCUCUUCCUGGAAUGUUUGACAAGAUAAAUAAGGAAAUUUUAAUGCUUAAGAAUUAUUUGUCACAAUCAAAAAUGUUUUUAAAAGUUUAUGACAUUAGAAGAGCACAAGAAAAUUUACAGGUACUGGAAAAUGAAGCUUCUGAUUUGGAAUUGAAAUUAUUACCUAAGAAGAAAUUUGGAUUUAAAAACCGAAGAGUUGUGAAAAAAACUUCGGAGAAAACACACGAUGUAACAGAUGGUCUGAAAGAUUUAAAAAUAUCAGAAGGAAUUGUAAAUGGUUCUACUAAGCAAAAUUACAAAUUGUCAAGCAAAUAUGGAGAUAGUGCGUGUAUGCUCUUGGGAAAAGUUGAUGAACAAUUAGUUUUAGAUGCUGAAAACGUAAAUAAGAAUGAUGUUCUACUUUCCGAUUUAAUUCGGUGUACGAUACGAAUUUAUGGUACACCUAGUACUUUGCAUAUGGUAAACUUAAAACAGUGUACUGUGUUAGUUGGACCAGUAACAUCUUCUGUAUUUGCCCAUGAUUGUAAUGAAUGUGUAUUUGCUUUGGCGUGUCAACAACUUCGAUUACAUUCUUCAACAGAUUGUACUAUUUAUUUACAUGUUACAAGCAGAGCAAUCAUAGAAGAUUGUACAAAAAUACGCGUUGCACCUUAUAAUUGGUCUUACGAAGAUCAAGCGAAUCACUUUAAUCUGGCAGGUCUGGAUCCAAAAAUAAAUAAUUGGAAUUGUAUCGAUGACUUUAAUUGGUUAUCUAAUGAAAAGCAUUCACCAAAUUGGAGUAUACUAGAUCCUGAAUUACGUGUUAAAAGUUGGGAUUGAUAGAUAUGAACAAAAUAAAUUACAAAAUUAAAUAUUCAGUUUACAAAAUACCGGUUUUUCAAUGUGAAAUACUUUUGUUAAUUUCUUUAUCUGCAUACUUCGCUUUUUCACAAAAAUUGUACUAUACGAGCGUUUUGUAUACUUACAAAAUGUUUAAUAAACUCGCUGUUUGUGAAUCAUA